CUUUAGCUGCUUUUAUUUUUCAUUUUAUUUACUUAACAAAAGCAAAAAUAAUAAAAAUUUAAUUAUCUUUUUUUGAUUUUAAAAGGCAUACAUAAAACAUAAAAUUGUCAAUCAAUCGAUUAUUAAAAAUUAUAACAAUAGUUAGUAACUUAUUAGAUCGUUUUAUAACUUUUAAAUAAUAAGCUUAAGCUCUUUACAAAUAGGAUUAAACAAAUUCUUAUAAAAACAUUCAAUUUUAUAUCUGAAUUCAUGACUGACAUAACAUCCGAAAUCGUUUAGCGUCUUGACUAUGAUGAAAUUAAAAGGAAAAAGGUUUUUUAGAAAUUUAUUAGAGGAGAGUUUUACUAGAAAAAUUAAGUAUAAAAUAGAAGAAAAGAUGGGCGUGCUAGGAGUCAAGAAGCCCCCCAUUCAUAUUUAAGAAUGAAUACUAUAUCAGAGGAAAGUAGUCAUUUUAAUUAAACGCCUCAAAGAAUGGGUAGCAAAAAGAAUUUAGGCCAUAAUCAAAGAGUAUUAUCAGAGGAAAGUGGAAAGAAACAAAAGUAGAUGUAUCAUGAUUAGUAAAUGUAUGAUGACGAUAAUUAGUAUUAUGAUGAUCAUCAUUACAACAAUUAAUUCUAACCAUAUCCUCCAUCAUAUAGAUAAAGAGAUCAAAAUCGCUAAUCUCCUUAUGGUCAUAAUGAUUUUUAUUAGCAAGAUUAAAAUUUUUAGCAUGGCUCUCCUCAUCAAUAACUAACUAAGAGCAAAUCUCCUCCUCAAAGAAAUAACUCUUCUCGUGGUGGAGAAUUCAGUAACUCUUAAGAGUUUUAAAGAUCUUAGGAAUUUCCUUAGUAAAAUAGAAGAUAAAAUAGUCAAUCUCCUAAUAAAGGCUAGCCAAUAAAAAUAGAUAACUAUAACAGAAGGUUUCCAAUUAAGGACUAAUAAUAUAGCUAAGAAGAAGAAGAGCUAAUAGGUCAUUCAUAGUUAGUACCUGCAAACAAUUAUUACAGCAGUUAUCAAGGAAGUAGAGUAUUUCCUCCAUAUGACAAUAAUGAUACUUAUUUUUCUAACUAAAGAAUGAAAACGUCUUAAAGCCAGUAAGGACUUAACUAAUAUUAAAGCCAGCCUAAUUAAGCUAGAGAAAAUAGAUGGUAUGAUGGAGAUUACGAUUAAUACAAUAAUUAGUACUAAAGAACUACAGGGAGUGGAGGAAGAACGAACAGUGGUAGCAAUAAAGGAAGAUAAGCUAACUACAGGUAACCCAUGAAUUACCCACCACAUCCGUAGCAAAGCUUUCCUCCCCAUCAAUAUAGACAUCCACAGUAUCAAGAUGAAAUAAUAUAUAAUCUUUAAUAAAGAUGUGCAGAUUUAGAAUCUUAAAUUUCACGUAUCAGUUAAAAUUUUGAUGACUUUAAGCAGUAAGCCUAUAAAGACAAGGAAUUAAAUAAAUAAGCAAUUUUAAAUUAUGAAGACACAAUUUCGAAUCUCAAAGAUAGACUUUAUGAAAUGUAAACAAGAGAAGAUACUUUAAAGCAAGAAAAUGAAAGACUAAAGUAAAAGAUAAAUUACGAGUAACUUAAACUCACUAAACUAGAGGAAGAUAAUAGAGAUCUUAAUAGCCAGUUUGAAGAUACUAAAGAUUAGUUAAAAGAAUCAAAGAGAGAAAUAAUGAGAAAAGAGGAUGAACUUUAAUAUGCAAAAAAUUAAUUGGAAGCCUAAAAAUAAAAAUAUGCUUAACAACAAAUUCAAUAAGAUAACAUAAUAAGCUAACUUAGAGAUGAUAAAGAUCAAUUGAUAAGAGAUUUGUAAGGCAGCUAAUCUAAUAAUAAAUAAUUCAUGGACUUAUAAACUUAAUAAUAGAAUAUUAUUAAUGAAAAUAAAAGACUUUAUAGCGAAGUCGAUGAUUUAAAAAUCUAAAUCAAAGAUAUGAACUUCUUUAUUGAAUAAUAAAAAUAAGAUAUUUAUAGUGCUAAACACAUGUUAAUUGAAAAAUCAUAAAGAGAAACAUAGCUUCACUAGCAAUUAGAAAGCAGCUAUUAGGAGAUCUAUUAACUCAAAGGUUUACUCUAAAGAGCUGAAACUCAAUUAAUGAAUAAGUAAGAAAUUAACUAGCCUGUUGCUAUUUAACCUAUUCCUUAUGGAGGAAGAAGCAACGAAGAUAUUUCUAGGACAUUUAAAACAUUAAAUUAGUAAGAACAAAAUAAAAAGAAUUAGUAACUAAACAACAGCAGAGUACAAAUGAAUAAUUCUUAUACUUAAGAUUAAACUUAUGGUAGACGUGCUGGAAAUUCAAAUGAGAGACUUUAUUCAUAAAAUUCACCUUAAAAUAAAAGCUUAUUAAUGAAUGACUCAAGAGGAAAAAUAACUGUUUAAAAUUAAAUGUAAACAACCUAUAACAUAGGUUCAGAAAAUAUUUAGGAAAGUCCAUAAAAUAAUAAAAGGAAAUAAAUGUAAAAGUAAAAUAACCAGCAAGCAUAUAUUGAUGCUAAGCAAAUAUCUGCUGAAAAUAACUUGAUUUUCUAGUAGCUCAAAAACAGAAAUACAAUUACUCCUUCAAAUUUUUUGGCUUGGGAAGUACCUGAACAAAACUAAAAAGCUGAAAAGAAUUAAAAUAAUUAAAAUUAUUAGCACUAGAAUUAAACUAAUGAUUAAGUUUAAAGAUAACUCAAUUUUAAUGCACCUGGUGCCGGUCAAUAAAAUUAAAACUAAGAGUAAUUGGAUAAGAUGUAUAAAAAUGCAAAGUAAUAACUAGACAAAGAUUAGGAAUACGUUAAUCAGCAAUACCGUAUUUAGCAAAAUAUGAACUAAAAUUAUCCUUAAUAAAAUUAACAAUAAGGCAGAGGUUAAAAUUAUGAGAGAAACACAAAUAAUGAAUAUUCAUAGCUAUACAACGACUACAUUAACGAUAGAUUUAAAAAUUCUCCACCAUAAAACAAAAAAAAUAAUCAAAGUUUUGACCAAAAUCAUUAACCUAAAGGAUAAGUAGACCCAUAAAUGUAAAUUAAAAAUAUUGAAAAUAACUUGAUGAUGCUUAACAUAGAAAAAGAUAAGCUAAAAAAUGAGUUAUAAAGGCUAGAAGAGGCUAAGUUAAAAAAUGCUCAAAAUAUAAGACGUAAAAAUGAUAUAAAUGAAGAAAUUCAGCUACUUGAUGGAAAUAUCUCUUAAUUAAAAACAAAACUAAGAGAGUUGAAUGCUCUUCAUCCUUACUGA